CUCGUGAUCAAUUCUGUCAAAAACACCUCCAAUUAUUGAAACGAUCUUCCAGGACUUUAUUAUCAAGGGUACCUUAUUUUCUCCUUGGUCAGGAGUCCAGAAUAUACGCCCCGGAUCGUGCGGAGCGGGCCCGGAUCUCCAGUGGCACUGCGCUGAACAAGAUGCAUCGUGGUGCCCUGUGCGGUGGAAUGAUGACUCGGACUCACUAUAGCUCGCUGCCUCGCGCAUUCCAUUAAGUUAUGCCAUGAGGCGCAACGCCUUUUAUGGCAUGGCCUUCAAGAAAGUUUUAAAUUGGGCGCUGAGGCACUAGUUCAAGUUUAGAACUCUUUCUUCUCGUCAGGACAUUGACUCUUCCCCAAGCAUUUGCAGGUUUUUGUUGUCGACAUGAGUCACCUGCACAAUAUUAACUGCCUUCCAGCGGAACUUCUCCUAAGCAUCUUCCAACUCACAGGGACCCUCGGUGGUCCCCGCAUACUACCCGGAAUUGUCAUUGCAUCGCACGUCUGCAAGCGCUGGCGAUACCUCACCCUCCAAACACAGUCUCUCUGGACUAUGGUAUCAAUUUCCAACAGAGAAAAAGACUAUGCCCACCAUGCGCGGGUCUGGCUGACACGAAGUGGGGUAUUACCAGUUGAUAUAACUAUCCACUGGGACUCCUCAUGGGUGGAACGCAAAGCUGAAGAGGCUCUCUUUCCCAUUGACGAUGCAGCUCCAUGGGCUGAUGAGACCUCACAAUACAUUAGACGCUCGUACAUGGAGUAUGAGCGAUUCCGUGAACUCAAGCGUCAGUCACUCAUGUGUGAGCUCGAAUGCCACAAACACCGUUGGCGCUCCUUCAAAUGGAAUGCAACUUCAGACCGCCUAAUCGAGGAUAGCGCAGAUGCAGACGUGGUGAGUGCGGCGUGUUUUACAUCUAUACAUAGAUCGCGCAUUUUCUUACUGGACUGAAUAAGCAGACGUUGGUGGAUCCUUCCGAUUACUUCCCUGGCAUGGAUUCGAAUUCAGCGAUUUAUAUGGUGGUGUCACGCGGCUUUCCCUCGUUGUCUUCCAUUGACAAAGUGUCACUCGAUUCUAAAGCAUCAGUUUGCACAAGGAAGAAUACCUUUUUUACAAGACACAAGACCAGCGUGCGUAGGUUCUGGUCAAAAUUCUGGGAUUUGUUGCACUUUUAGACUUUCUGUCAUCGAAUUGGCUAUAGUACGUGUCCAGUUACUAACCUACAGUGCAUACGUACCGAGUACAAAUGAUCGCGUAUGUAUUUCUCAAAAUUUCACCAUUGACUCCGUACUCCUAAUUAUAAGUUACUUUUGAUAGGUCGGGUGUCGUGUUAAUGUCACGAUGACGCUUGCGUACAUACGUAAUACGUACAUACCAUCUGGUUCUGUUUGGCAAAGGCCUCUGUUUUCAAUAUAUACAAACAACUACUGUGUCA